CAGAACCGGACUAAUUCCCAGUCCAAUCAAGAAAGUAGUUCGUAUUCAACAAGACAUAGUUCAAAUGAUUCCCAUAGCCCGUCCGGCUCCUUUCAUUCUAAAACCCCUAGCCGGCCUGUACAAUCCAUUCGCCCCCGGGUGCUCCCUGCUCUGCAACCACCCCGCCGAAAUCAACGCCAAGGAAUUGGUGAAAAACGCCAAAACCACUUGGAACUCGGAGAACAGAAAUCUGAUACCCAUCGAGGGCCACGACAGCCUCCUCAUCGAAUUAACCGGAGAGCAACUCACCCCCACCAACAUCUACAUACCCCAAGUGGACAGCGUGCCAGAGGAACUAUUCAGAAGGUACACAGACACGGAUUCCCGCCCCCAAACGCCCGCCCCAACCCUAGCAAGCGGCCUCACCAGGCUAUCUACAUCGAGAACCAGGAGGUGCCUCACCCCCGAUCCCAUUCCCACCAGCAGAGCCAAAGAAAAGACCCGCCUGAUACUCGAUUUGAGACGAAGCCACAGCCAGGAAAUUCUAUCGGUGUACGGGGGAUCCCCGUUCUGCUCGGAGGUGCCGGAGAUUCGAAUCGACAGCGCUGUCGAGGCUUGUAAACCUGCUGGAGAUGAAGCUGGGAAGCAGGAUUCGAAGCAACAGGGAGGCGGUAAAAAGGGGGAAGCGGUGGAGGAGGAGGUGGACUCUCCCGAAGAGGAAAACGAGGAGUUCGUUAAAAGGCGCGGGAAGAAGAGGCGGAAGAAGUCUAAGGAUUUGAAGUGCCCGAUAACGUACCAGGCUUCGACUGAUCCGGAGACUCAGGUUGCGACUAUAGGAUUAGAAUCUGUGAAUGUUAGCGCAAGGCAUUCCAUCGCUCCUGAUAGUGGCGGUGUUGUAGAGGCGCAGGAGCAGGAGGAGAUUGUAACAGUUCCAAAAAAACUGCUGAAAUCGUCGGACAGUUUGGAAAUAGAUUCGUAUUUGCCCAAAGAUAUUUUGAAGCAACUCCGAAGGGAAUUGGACUAUAUCGUAGUGGAUAACGAGCUGAAUCUAAUGAAACGAAGAACGCUCGAAGAAGCCCUCAAAGCUGUGCUAAAGGACAAAUCUCCUUGCGAGGAAUUGGAUUCGUUGAAAAAGGAGAUGAAAAUUCCUCCAGUCAACGACGAUCUCUGGAUCUCUUUGCCCAGAAUAUUCAGCAGAUCCAGCGCAAUUUUCCAAUUACCGAUGGACAGUGAAACAUUCGCAACGAUGACUCCAAUUGAGUACACGACGAGAAACGUGAAGAUAUCUUCGUCGAGGAAACUUCUGUACAGUUGCAUUUUCCAGAGGCACAAAGUGGAAUGUGAGAAUGAAAACGGGCGCAAACGAUACUUGAAUGAAAAAAAAUUGAAGAAUUGCCUCGAUUUAGUGAUGGGAAUGGCACUAACUGAACAUCAAUUCGAUCGUUUCAAAAACCUAGUGGAAUGGAACGAGGAAAUGAAGCUCGACUUUAAACAGUGUUGCGGGUUGUUCGCCCUUUGCGAAAGGAUUUUAUCGCCGGAAUUCCACGAAUUAUCCAGCAGGAACCAGGAUCCUUGCCACGAGAUCGAGACCGCUGAUUUCGAGUAUUUGGAGCUAAAGCUGCAAGACUGCCAGAUAAGCGAAAACUUGAAGACGAUUUUGUACAAUUUAAAAACUAUUUAGGUUCAUAAACGCAAAUAUGAACUAAUCUGUUUACUUCUCAAACAAGAAACAUCAAAAUUGAACACGUUUGAACACUUAAGACUAUUAAAAAAUUA